AUGCACUACUCCGACUACCGGUCCUCCAACCCCACAGGGGGCGCUACCUCCGUCAGCAGCAGUGCUGGAGGAUCAGGGGCCACAGCCAGCGGAGGAGGCCCUCCAGGCCCAGGGCCCCUCUCCACCCCUGGCCGCCCCAGCUGCUACGACCCCCGGCCCCCCUCCAGACUGUCCCACAACAGCUAUGCCCAGUUUAACACCUUCACCCGGGCUGGGCAGAGCCAGCAGCCCCCUCCCAAUCCCCCGCCUCAGACCAGCGACUUCCCUGGGGACUGCAGCCUGUUGGACUCCUCUCAACUGGCCUACGACAACUACGGCUAUCCCUCUCACCCCUAUACCCCUUACCGCAUGGGCUUCGCCCCGCCCACUCUGGCUCCCUUGGAAGCCGGGCCAUCCUAUGAGAUGUACGGGGUGGGGUCGGGGGUGGGGCCUGUGCCGGUGGUGGGGCCUGGUGUGGGGGUGGUGCCUGGGGCAGCAACGUCAGGGUCAGAGACUGGACUGGGGAAGUAUGGAAGCUCUACCCGCUUCUCCUAUACCUCGCAGCAUUCUGACUACGGCCACAGAGGACACACACAGAGGAUGCAGACACAUGUGUGAGAUACAGUACAUUCUCACGUAGAGGGUGAGGGUGCAUUCUCAUACACACUGUCAUUCAGACACACACACACACAUUCGCAUUCUCAAACAUACACACAUAAACACGUGUGAGCUUACACACACACACACAGAGAGACACACAUGCAGGCACACACACACAGACACACACACACACACAGGAGUUAGAAUUUGCUCACAAGACAGGGAGUGUAUGAGAAAGAGAGAUAGUCCAGAUCAGUGGACAAUGGAGAGUAUCCCAGUGAGACAGGGAGGGGAAUUCCUUGUAAUCUAGAAUUCCCACACUCCCAGUGUUCAAUUCUUCGCUCUGAAAGAGCAGAAAGCGAAAGUCACAAUCAAGACCAGAGAAAACAGGACUAGAGAGAACAAGAGAUCUUUAGAUGUUAAUUAUCUAAAUAAAUAGCAUAAGUGCUAUGAAUUUAGAUUGUAA